CGUUGAGAGCAUAGCAGCACCAUCAAAAUGUAUGACUUUCGUCGGCUGACAAGCAUCUUCUUAAAAAAUAUCCGGUUUUAUUGGAAGUAAGACAAGAUACCAGAUGGCCUCCUCACCUCUUUCGACAACGAUCCUCCACCGUCCAACUCCACGCGCUUCCCUUCUCACGCUAUACUUUCAGCCGUCGCGUGUCCUUCCCCAGCGCGUGGCUCCCUAAUAUACGUUGUCCCCACAAUCACUACAUUUUCGUCCUUCCAUAAAAUUAUUAAAAAACCCAAUAAAAUAUAAAAAUAAAAACAAAAAAGAAUUAUUAAAAAUAAAAAAAACGGAGUCUAGCCCGACCUACCUGUUGAUUUCGUCCCUUUUCCGUCAACUAAUCCAACCACCAAACUAACCAAAUCGUCUGGAUUUCGGAUUUCUAGGGUUUUUAGUGUUAUGGAACAAGAUCCAUCUCCUCGAACGCAAACGCCACGUGGCACUCAUCGGUCUAAGGAUCCCGAAAUGGACGUGCACUUCCCGGUCACUGAAGCUGACCCGAGUUCCUCCGUUUGGGAUUGGGACGAUCUCCUGGACUUCACCGUAGACGAACACUUCUCCAUCUCCUUUGACGACGAAAAUUCAUCUCAUUCUCCUUUAGAAACAACAGGCACUGAUCCGGAUCCAGUUCCCGGACCGGGUCGUGUUAGGAAGCGGGACCCGAGGAUGAUUUGUUCAAAUUUUCUAGCUGGUCAGGUUCCGUGCGCAUGCCCCGAGAUCGACGCGCAAAUCGAGAAGCUUGAAGAGGAAGAGGCGGGGGUGCCGGGUAAGAAGCGAGCCCGAACUGGUCGAUGUGGGCCAGGGACCUGUCGGUGCCAAGUUCCGAGUUGCAAAGCGGAUAUUAGCGAGCUUAAAGGCUACCAUAGGAGGCAUAGAGUUUGUCUCCGAUGCGCGAACUCGACCACCGUUUUGAUCGAUGGAGAAUCGAAGAGAUACUGCCAACAGUGUGGCAAGUUUCACCUGCUAUCGGAUUUUGAUGAAGGUAAAAGGAGUUGCCGAAGGAAACUAGAGCGUCACAACAAUAGACGGCGAAGGAAGCCUGUUGGUUCUAAGACUGCAGUCAACAAAGAGGGCUUGCAAAGUGAAGACAUUGCACGUGAUGGUGAAGCAGGAAAAGAUGAUUUAAGCUUCAGUGGUCAGAUAGCUGAAGAAGAACCAGCUUUUGAGUCUGAAGAUGUGCAUGUUUCUACUUAUUGCUCAGCUCCCAUGUUGCAGAGUGUUAAUAAUGAUAGUGUUGUAACUCUUAAUGAAACUGAAACAGAUGGAGCGAAAGAUGACUCCAAGGUUUCCAUUUCUACUUCUUACUGUGACAAUAAGACUGCUUACUCUUCCAUGUGUCCUACAGGCAGGAUCUCAUUCAAGCUUUAUGAUUGGAAUCCGGCAGAAUUCCCACGAAGACUUCGGCACCAAAUUUUUCAAUGGUUGGCCAAUAUGCCUGUUGAGUUGGAAGGCUACAUCCGCCCUGGUUGCACAAUCUUGACCAUGUUCAUUUCAAUGCCAAAGAAUAUGUGGAUGAAGUUAUCUGAAAAUCCAAUGACCCACAUGCAUAACUUUGUUUUCACACCUGGAAGGAUGCUAUAUGGGAGAGGCUUCAUGACUAUUUAUCUUAACAACAUGAUUUUCCGUACAAGGAAAGAUGGAACUUCUAUGGUGAAAGUUGAUGUGGAGGUGCAAGCCCCAAGACUUCAUUAUGUUCAUCCUGCAUGUUUUGAGGCUGGCAAGCCGAUGGAGUUUGUUGCCUGUGGAACUAAUUUGCUGCAGCCCAAAUUUCGGUUUCUAGUAUCUUUUGCUGGAAGGUAUCUGCCAAAUGAUUAUUGUGUUGCGUCCACACAUGUUCAGAGUAAAGAGGAUUCUCCAAGUUGUGAUCAUCGAUUAUACAAAAUAUAUGUUCCUCAAACUGAACCAGAUCUCUUUGGUCCUGCAUUCAUCGAGGUUGAGAAUCAGUCUGGAUUAUCAAAUUUUAUUCCUGUCCUAAUUGGAGACAAGGAAGUUUGUUCUGAGAUGAAGUCAUUACAGAAGAGGUUUGAUGCAUCUCUUUUUCAGGGAGGAUCAAAAAUUUCUGCUACUGGAUCAUUGUUAGAGUUAUGUGAAGCAUCAACUUCACGACAAAGUGCCUAUUCUGACUUUGUUUUAGAUAUAGCUUGGUUAUUGAGGGAGCCUAAAUUGGAGAAUCUUCAAGAAAUUAUGACCUCUUCUCAAAUUCAAAGAUUCAAUUGUUUAUUGAGUUUUCUCAUACAAAACGAAUCAACAGUUAUUUUGAAGAAAGUAUUGCAAAAUCUGAAGACUGUGGUGCAGAAGGCUGGGUUUACUGGAACUAAUGAUUCUGGUAUAAGGUUAUUAAAGAAAUAUAUGGAUUAUGCUAGAGAUAUCCUUAGUAACAAACUUCAAAAGGGUGAAAGUCCAGUGCUUCUUUCAGAGUACAUUGAGCGAGAAAGAAAUUGGUAUUCUCAAAGAAGCUUCAAAAAUGAUGAGCUAGCAGUUGUUCCAAAUGUUUCUCAGGAUUCGGAGGAAAGAACUAGUGGAAAAUUACCAACGUUGAUGGCAUCUACUACUUUGGCUAGAAGUGAGACCGUUUGGCUUCUAAACAAAGAAAUUAUCAUGAAUGUGAACCUUAGCAAGGACUUCCGAAGAGAAUCAUGUAGUCCCAUUUUUGCCACCACAACAUUGGGAUAUCGUCCCACCGUAUUUGUAAUUGCUACAGCUGCUAUUUGCUUAGGGAUGUGUGCAGUCUUUUUCCACCCUAACACAGUUGGUGAGUUUGCAGUAACAAUACGCAGGUGUUUGUUAGAAAGGGUCUUAGAUGUCGACUGAGGUCUGAACCAGGUGAGUGCUACAGAUCUCAGAUGUAAAUAUGUUUUAAUGUAUGUUAGGUUUGAUGAAAUCAGGCUGUCCCAAGCUUCAGCAUGUGAUUGUGCUCCCCCCAAGUUUUGAAUUUGAUUUCUGAGAUUUACUUUUGGCCUUGAUUCCUUAACCUAAGUGCAUCUCACAAAAAUGGGGAAUCUAGAAUUUGUAUUGGCAACAUGAAGGUUGUUGAAUGUAAGAGUUAGCUGAUAUUCAUUGUAAAUCUUAAAAACUAGAAUUGCUAAGCAGUUUUAGGUUUUUGUAUUUUCCUGUAUUGUACAUUUUGUUCAAUUCCUUGAUGUAAACUACUCGAAUUACUUGUGUGUUAUUCGAAUUUAACUUGAAAAAAGCUAGAGCUCGAUUCGUUCACUGUUGAAUUGAGCUCAAGCUACUUUAUAGUUAGUAAUGAAUUGAGUUGAAUUUUAAGUUUAAUAUUUGAUUCGAGAAG